AGGACCAGGGUUCGCUUCCAUAGAAACGAGCUAAUUGCCGAGGAAACGACCCCAGACGGGGGUCGCGCGGGAGCUCGCGCCGCCGGUUUGAACCGGCUUCGCCUCUCCCGUGUGGGGCUCGCGUGGCCGCAGCGCCUAGCGACCUAGACAGCGGCCAAUGGCGUGGCAGUUCCUGUGCCGUCAGGCCAAUGAACGGGCCGCGGGCGGGCCGUUCCGGAGCUCCGUGCGCUGAUCUUGUGGUUAAGGGAGCCCGAUCUGGGGAAGGGUCUCCAGUGAGCGCGGGCGGGCGGGCUCCGGUGAGGGUCCCAGGGAGUGGCAGCCGUAAGGUGGCUGCAGAGAGGAGCCCGAGCCGGAGCCGGGUCGCCGCGUCUCGCCUCGCCAUGGCUCCCACCCUGGCCACUGCCCAUCGGCGCCGCUGGUGGAUGGCCUGCACGGCCGUGGUGGAAAACCUCCUCUUCUCGGCAGUCCUCCUGGGCUGGGGCUCGCUGCUCAUCAUGCUCAAGUCGGAGGGCUUUUACUCCUACCUGUGUACUGAGCCAGAGAAUGUCACCAACGUCACAGUGGGGGCCACGGCAGAACCGGAGCCUGAGGAGGUGAGCCGGAUGAAUGGCUGGCUCAGCUGCAAGGCCCAGGAUGAGAUGCUAAACUUGGCCUUCACCGUGGGCUCCUUCCUGCUCAGUGCCAUCACUCUGCCCCUGGGCAUCGUCAUGGACAAGUACGGCCCAAGGAAGCUCAGGCUGCUGGGCAGUGCCUGCUUUGCUGUCUCCUGCUUGCUGAUUGCGUAUGGAGCAAGUAACCCAAACUCUCUCUCUGUGCUCAUCUUCAUCGCCCUGGCUCUGAAUGGCUUUGGUGGGAUGUGCAUGACUUUUACCUCAUUAACACUGCCCAACAUGUUUGGUGACCUUCGGUCCACGUUUAUUGCCCUGAUGAUUGGAUCCUAUGCCUCCUCGGCGGUCACCUUCCCAGGAGUCAAGGUCAUCUAUGACUUUGGCGCCUCCUUCAUUGUCAUCCUCGUGGUCUGGGCUGGCUGCUCUGGGCUGGUUUUCCUCAACUGCUUCUUUAAUUGGCCCCUGGAGCCCUUCCCAGGGCCAGAGGACAUGGACUACACGGUGAAGAUCAAGUUCAGCUGGCUGGGCUUCGACCACAAGAUCACAGGGAAGCAGUUCUACAAGCAGGUGACCACGGUGGGACGCCGCCUCAGCGUGGGCAGCUCCAUGCGGAGUGCCAAGGAGCAGGCGGCCCUGCAGGAGGGCCACAAGCUGUGCCUGUCCACCGUCGACCUGGAGGUCAAGUGCCAGCCCGAUGCCACAGCGGCCCCCUCCUUCAUGCACAGCGUGUUCAGCCCCAUCCUGCUGCUCAGCCUGGUCACCAUGUGCGUCACGCAGCUGCGUCUCAUCUUCUACAUGGGCGCCAUGAACAACAUCCUCCAGUUCCUGGUCAGCGGCGACCAGGCCGUAGUGAGCCUCUACACCUCCAUCUUCGGGGUGCUCCAGCUUCUGUGCCUGCUCACCGCCCCUGUCAUUGGCUACAUCAUGGACUGGAGGCUGAAGGAGUGUGAGGAUGCCUCCGAGGAGCCCGAGGAGAAAGACACCAACCAAGGUGAGAAGAAGAAGAAGCGGGACCGGCAGAUCCAGAAGAUCACCAAUGCCAUGCGGGCCUUCGCCUUCACCAACCUGCUGCUCGUGGGUUUCGGGGUGACCUGCCUCAUUCCCAACCUGCCUCUCCAGAUCCUCUCCUUCAUCCUGCACACGAUCGUGCGAGGAUUCAUCCACUCGGCCGUCGGGGGCUUGUACGCUGCAGUGUACCCUUCCACACAGUUUGGCAGCCUCACAGGCCUGCAGUCCCUGAUCAGCGCCCUCUUCGCUCUCCUGCAGCAGCCCCUGUUUCUGGCUAUGAUGGGUCCCCUCCAGGGAGACCCUCUAUGGGUGAACGUGGGCCUGCUGGUGCUGAGCAUGCUGGGCUUCUGCCUCCCCCUCUACCUCAUCUGCUACCGGCGCCAGCUGGAGAGGCAGCUCGAGCAGAAGAGAGAGGAUGACAAGCUUUUCCUCAAGCUCAACGGCUCGUCCAACCGGGAGGCUUUUGUGUAGCGCCUGCCGUCUCGGGAUCAUGGGCUCCCGCCCUCUCGCUUCAGUGACUCGCAGAGUCCUCGUCCCCCCCCCCGCCCCCGCAGAGGACCUCCACGCACUCCUGCCCGCCGGCCCCCAACCCCAGGAUCCUGUCCUUCACUGUGUUGGAGUCCAUGCUCCCUCCCAGGGCCCUGGUCCUGCCUCGGAGCUCUGCGGUGGACAGACAGAUGGGAGAGGGCCCAGACACGCGCUUCUCCUCCUGCUGGAGGCAGGGAGGCUCUGGACUUCACUCCACCACCCUCGAGGGGCCCUUGAGCCUCGGGGCUCCGUGGUGCCUGCGGGAGGAGCCAGGAGGACCCCCCCCAGGCUGGCAGACCCUCUCCCCCGAAGUGUGUCCGGAUUCUGCCUCUAGCCAAAGCAGAGGGGUCUGCCAUCCACUGCCCACCUCCUGCCCCUCAGCUGCAUGUCCACCGACCACGCCUGCCUGAGGACAAAGGCUUGCACUGUCUGCACACCCCCCACCCCCACCCCCGGCCUGGCCCCUCACCUCCUCCCCUGGCCAGUCUGAGCUGCCUGAGGAAGGAAGGACCCGCUUCCUGUUGUUGGUGCUAACUCCUUUGUGAUUCCAGCCUCCUGUGGCCUGUCCAUGGCCUGUCCUCCUGUUCGAGGCCUGUGGGGAAGUGCCCCCCCCACCCCCUGUCCCCCCCGGCUUAGCCUGGGAAGGGUCUGGAGGGCGGGAUGGUCAUGUGGGAGCCAUGGACAAGGCCGGGGAGCGGUCCUUUCCCUCUUCCCUCAGGGCAUGAGUGGGGGCAUGUGUCCACCACCACCCUCUGUCCAGGCUGUGACCUGAAGGGAAUUAAGGGGGCACCAGCUGGGCAUCACACACGCGCACGCACACACACACACGCGCACGCGCACACACACACACACACACACACACACACACACACACACACACGCAGCUGUUUUUGUAGGGGGUGGAAGUGAGGCUGCAGCUGACAGUCCUGGAGGUCCAGGCCUGGGUGGGGAGGUGAAUUUGUGAGAGGCCUGGGGGUGUGGAUGUGUGGGCUGUGUGUGCAUGUGCUGUGUAUGAGAGAUGUGUGGGGGGGAGGUGGCAGGGUGGGGCCCUGGGUGUCUGCACUUACCCUCCCAGAGCUGCCCCCAGCUGGCCAGGCCCGCAGCAAGCCCAGCGCGCUCGGGAGCCAGCCCCGCUCAGGGCCCAGAGCCUGUCUGAGGCUGCAGGGCCACAGUGCCCCCUGCUGGCAGACUCUCCCAGGGGCCCUGGAGCUGUUAACGUGGGCGAGGCCACCUUUCCUCUGCCAGGCGGGCCUGGCUUACCAACUCACCCACCUUGACUGCGCUCAGAAAUGUGUCUGAGGCUUCCUGGGAGUUCUGAGAGGGGUGGGUGGGUUUUUAGGUUAUUUGUUUUAAGUUUUAUCAGACUCCUUUUUAUAAAGCAAUAAAUCCAUUUCCCUACUGGUAAGGGAUGCCCCCUUCUAGCAUAUCAA